UUGCCACCGCCAGAAAAAGACAGUAGAAGAUGAACAAGAAGCAGUAGGACCGGUGUAGGUCAUGUUGCUUCAGACAUGUCGGUGUUUUUCCCCACUGUGCUGCUCUGUGUCUACGGCUUCUUUACCAGCCUGCGGCCGUGCGAGCCCUUCCUCACCCCCUACCUGAUGGGACCAGACAAGAACCUGACGGAGACUCAGGUUGUCAAUGAAAUCUUUCCAGUAUGGACGUAUUCCUAUCUGUUCCUGCUGUUCCCCAUCUUCCUGGCCACUGACUUCCUCUGUUAUAAGCCGGUGUUGAUGCUCCAGGCCAGCAGCUUAGUGGUCACCUAUGUCAUGCUGUGGAGGGCACAGGGCAUGCUGGCCAUGCAGCUUCUGGAGUUUUUCUUCGGUCUGGCCACAGCUUCAGAGGUGGCCUACUAUUCCUACAUCUACAGCGUGGUGGAGCCGGAGCACUACCAGAGAGUGACUGCUUACUGCCGCAGCGUGACUUUGUUCGGAUCAGCGGCUGGAUCUUUGACCGGUCAGGUGCUGGUAUCUGUGGCCGAAGUUGACACGGUCUACCUCGUCAUCAUUACGCUGGCGUCAGCCUCCGUGUCUUUUCUGGUGCCCUGCUUUCUCCCCAUGCCCAAGAGGAGCUUGUUCUUCCACAGGCAUGAAGGGGCAGAGGAGGCUAGGCUCCGCAGCAGCAGCAGCAGCAGCAGCAGAACCGCCACCAGGAUGGAGAAGGCGGAGGAUUCGGAGAGCAGGGUGCCGCUGAACAGGCCGGACAUCUCCAGGGCAUCCAGGUCCUCUGAAGCAGGAAGUGGUAGCAGGGGGCUCGUGGCGGUCCUGCGGAUGCUGUUUGAUGACUUUGUGCAGUGCUACAGGUGUCGCACCCUGCUGGCCUGGUCACUGUGGUGGGCUCUGGCCACCUGUGGCUACUUCCAGAUCAUCAACUAUUCUCAGCCGCUGUGGGAGCACAUUCGUCCAUCCGAGAAAAACGUCAUCUACAACGGCUAUGUAGAGACCCUGUCCACGCUACUCGGGGCUCUGGCAGCGCUGCUGGUGGGCUGCCUGCCUGUGACCUGGGCUCUGUGGGGGGAGUUGGCUCUGUGUGUGCUCUCCUUGCUCAUGGCUGUGUGUGUGUUUGUCAUGAACACGGAAGACAUCUGGCUGUCAUACAGCUUCUACGUUCUCUUUAGAACCACUUACAUGCUGCUCAUCACUGUGGCCACGUAUCAGGUUGCGGCCAGCCUGAACAUGCAGCGGUAUGCGUUGGUGUUUGGAGUAAACACUUUUGUGGCUCUGCUGCUGCAGUCUCUGCUCACACUGGUGGUGGUGGACUCCUCUGUCCUGGGCCUUAAAGUCUUCACUCAGUUCCUCAUCUACGGUGCCUACUUUGCUGUCAUUUCUGUGAUCUUCCUCUUUGCUGGGCUUUAUAAACUGGCCUCCAGGCGGCACUCGGAGCAGAAGGCUCUGCCCGGCAGACGAGCGCAAUCUGAGACGGACUCUCCACCGAUCGGUGGUACAGACUCCAGGACAUAGCACAGCGAUUAGAGUCUCACACGCGGGGGUGUGGAUCCACAGGCUGAGCUCAGGAAUGUCCACUCACUUUCUUUAUGUGCCAGAGUAGACUGUAAGUAGAAGGUAGAUGUCAGACUGCCUGCACUCACCUCGCACAAUGACUUUUUAGUGAAGAGCUCUGACAAGCAGACACACAGCUGAUGAGGUGUGAAAUAUCUAAACGUGCAUAUCGAAAUAGUGUACCUGUGAGAUAUGUUCUUCUUUGGUGGGUUGACCAUCAAAGAAGUCAGCCAUGUUAGCCAGUCUGGCUUUAAUAGACCAUCUUUGCUGAUGUUUGUUUGUUCCUAUAAAUGUACAAUACGCACACAGGCUGCUCCUUAGACUUGAUAUAAACUUGAUAAAACUGCUGAAAAAUCA